UCGACUCCUCACCCUUCCUGUAUAUUCCACACACACACACACACACACACACACACACACACACAGUACUAGUAGAAGAAUUAUUAUCAUUCAUCCCUGCAGCAGAGAAAUUUGUAUCGAAGAAAAACAAAAAAAUAAAAUAAAAUAAGAUCAAAUAGUUUUUGUUACAGUAUCAAUGGCGAGACACGACGAUCUGCCCGUGCCCAUUUUCAAGUCUCUUCAACCCGUUUAUGGAUCCGGUUCACAGCUUGAAGAAGCGGAGCUUCGAUUCAGCAAUUUGAAAUCAAAAUUCGUUGAGAUCUUUGGUCAUUCUCCUGAUAUCUACGCCCGAUCGCCAGGGAGGGUGAAUUUGAUUGGAGAACACAUAGAUUAUGAAGGUUACUCCGUGUUGCCUAUGGCAAUCAGGCAAGAUACGAUAGUGGCAAUACGUAAAGUCGAAGGGGAGAAAGUACUUAAGAUUGCGAAUGUGAAUAGUGACAAGUAUGCUCUCUGUACUUACCCUGCUGAUCCUGAUCAGGAAAUUGAUUUGAAGAAUCACAGAUGGGGUCACUAUUUUAUCUGUGGUUACAAAGGUUACUACGAGUAUGCCAAAUCAAAGGGAAUAGAUGUUGGUAAAGCAUUUGGACUCGAGGUUGUUGUUGAUGGCGUUGUCCCAACUGGAUCUGGUUUAUCUAGCUCUGCUGCAUUUGUUUGCUCUUCUACAAUUGCUAUAAUGGCAGUAUUGGGCGCAAACUUUCCUAAGAAAGAACUUGCUCAGCUGACUUGCGAAUGUGAAAGACACAUUGGCACUCAAUCUGGUGGAAUGGAUCAGGCAAUAUCUGUGAUGGCUCAAUCUGGAUUUGCAGCACUGAUUGAUUUCAACCCUAUUCGCGCUACUGAGUUGCAGCUCCCUGCUGGGGGCACAUUUGUAAUUGCACAUUCACUUGCUGAAUCUCUGAAAGCAGUUACCUCCGCUACUAAUUACAACAACAGGGUUGUUGAAUGCCGUUUAGCCUCUAUUGUGUUAGGCAUAAAACUUGGGAUGAAGGCUGAAGAAGCGAUAACCAAGGUCAAGACACUUUCUGAUGUUGAAGGGCUUUGUGUGUCUUUUGCUGGUACACGUAGUUCUUCCGAUCCAGUUCUUGCUGUCAAGGAAUUUUUGAAAGAAGAACCUUAUAGUGCAGAAGAUAUUGAGGCAAUCCUUAAUGAAAAGCUGGAGACUAUCUUUAUCAAUUCUCCUUCUUCUUUGGAUGUGCUGAAAGCUGCCAAACAUUUUAAGUUGCACCAGAGAGCUACUCACGUGUACUCAGAAGCCAAACGUGUCUUUGCCUUCAAAGACACCGUAUCUUCAAAGUUGAGUGAAGAAGAAAUGCUGAAGAAGCUUGGGGACCUCAUGAACGAUAGCCACUACAGUUGCAGCGUUUUGUACGAGUGCAGCUGUCCUGAACUGGAAGAGCUAGUGAAGGUUUGCCGUGACAAUGGUGCACUUGGGGCAAGGCUUACAGGAGCUGGAUGGGGUGGUUGUGCAGUUGCUUUGGUCAAGGAGAAUAUUGUUCCUCAGUUUAUCCUUAAUUUGAAGGAGCAAUAUUUCCAAGCAAGAAUUGAAAAAGGGGUGAUCAAGAAAGCUGAUCUUGGGCUAUAUGUUUUCGCCUCCAAGCCAUCGAGUGGUGCAGCCAUUAUCGAACUUUAGUUUACUCUCUCCCUCUCUCUCUCUUUUUCAUGUCCAUUACAUGUUGAAUCAAAAUGCUUUCGUCAUUUUUUGAUGUUGCUCGAAAACGAUGAGAUUUUUCACCAUUCCUAUUGAAAUAAUAAAGUUGCUUCUCUCAUUCC